GUUUUCUUUGCGAACCUGGUUUUGACCCCGCAGAAGAGCCGCAGCGUGGUUCUUGCCCACUGUGCAACCACCCGCUGUCUUCGGGUUCCUUGAGCAUGAAAAACUGUUUCGUUGUGGUAGAAGAUUUUGAUAAUCAAAAUGCAAAGCCUGAUGAAAACAUCGUGCUCGGCAAGAUGGUUGCGGCGAUAGAAAAAGAGAUCGAGGACUUGUCCACGAUCUCUCCCCUGACGUUGCGCGAACAGAUUGGGUACACGGCUCUUCUGUUAGGCGCGGCCGCGUUUUGGCCCACCUUCUUUUGUUGCUACGCGGCGUACGACGGCCGAGGAUGGGACUCCAUGAGUGACGCCUUCACAAGAAUAGCACCUGCUAUCUACCUCGGGUUCGGGAUAUAUGUGUGUACAGAGAUGCACGCCGUGCACCGGGAGGAUCAAGAAAGGCAGGUGCUGCAACGGGGGUGGUUGGAAGUCCAGCAGAGCAGCCAUCAUAGCGAUACAAUAAGAGCGGAUAAGCGUACCCGGGAAGAGCGGAUCGCCCGUUUGCGUAGGGUUUUGGAUUGCCUGAAGGAGUACCAGAGGCAGUGCCACAGCGCGGCCGCAUGUCAGCUGAAGACAGGCUUCUCACUCAGCGGCAGCCUUUGUAAAUCAAAAUCUAUUGACGUAUUAUAAUUAUGGCGGCCAUUCACAUUGUUGUUCUUGUUGUUCCACCCGAAGAUAAUAAUACGCGGUACAACAAUUGAAUUCGCUCCGUGGUGGAAUUGCGCCGCAGGAGUUGGUGCAGAGGUGGACAAUGAUCCAGGUGGAGAUCGGCGCUCGCCUGCCGUUCAUCGAUAAUUUCUUUCCUCCCUGCUUCGCCUAUGGAGGUGCAGGGAGGAAAAGGUAAAGGGGUAUCGCCUAGUAGUAAAGCUACAUGUAUAUUUUGAUGAUUUUUUUAUAUCUUUUAUACGAAUGCGUUUUGGAGGUAUUUCUUAUUAUUUGCGGCUUUAUUGCGGAGGUUGAUUGGUGCUGUACGGAUGAGGAGGUAGUAUUGCACCUUUCUGAAGCUGGGGCUGCCUGAGGGUUUCGGCUUUCUCUCUCCCCGGCAACUCCCCGUGCUUGGCCGUUCACAGCCCAAAACGGUGGUGUUUCGGCAAGCUUCGGUGGUGGUCAGUUGAGACACUCAGCUACUUACAAGCAGGAACAUAAGUAGUACGCUGAGCAGUUAGUCGCUCGCCUAAAGUAGAAACGAGCACCCGAUAGGUUUUUAUCAUUAUUUUCCAACGCCAACCCGAAGUGGAAGUUGUUCAUGUUUUCCGCUAUCACUCCUCGCGGCGCAGAGGGUGAGUUUAACGUAAGGAGAAGGACCUACUGAAAAAUAAGAAUUAAAAUGUACUAGUACUUGCGAGUUGUACGUAGUACAACAGGAAAUCAUACCGAGUCGGCUGAACGCCGCCUGUCUGGUGCCGCACACUAUCUUUAUCUUUCUUUUUAGCCGCUGGCACUUUUGUAGCCUCUUCAUUUUUACAGGUUAAAGAACACCACGAUCAUGUAAGACCAGCAUUCUGAAGAUGACGCCCUUCAGUUGCGAGUGCGAGGCUGGAGUUGCGAGUGCGUGGCUUCAGUUUCGAGUCUACCUAUCUGGGCAGA